GCCCUCACUCUCCCAUCAUCUGUCAAUUUUCUGUCACUUGUGCGUGUGUGUGUGUGUCCCUGUUUUUUACGGAUGCAGCUAAAGCAAUCAUGUCCCUGUUGUAAAAAGAAAGAAAAGAAAAGAGAAGAAUAAAUAACUUAUGAAUAAAGUAAACAAGAAAAGAGUAAUUAAUCAAGCUUCACAAAGCAGUUUCUUUCUAAUCUAGCAGUAAUUAGUAUGAACAUUCUUGGCCGUUGAAGGAGGAGGAAACCAGAUUUAAAUUAUAGUAAGAUAAGACAAGGAGAGAGAAAAAUGAAAUCUUGGAAAUAAAACUGAGAGAAAUAUUAGGUAGUGUGGAAAGACAACGUAAAGGGUUGAUUUUUGGUAAUUGUAAUUGUACAGAUAAUUUAAAAAGACAGGGAAAAAAAAAAAAAAAAGGAAAAAUGAUAGAACAGGAUAUUGAGGAGAUAAAGACGGUAGAGCAGUGGAGAUGGUCUGAAAUGCAAGGGCUUGAGCUUGUUGUGUCAGCUCACUCUGAGAACUCAGCUGCUGACAGCAACAACCCUCCUUCUAUUAAAGCCCACAACCGCAUUAAUACUAACACUAUACCAUCCACUGCUGUUUCAACUGAACCUACCGCACAAAUAGUCAAACAGGGAGAAGGGCCCUCCCAAGAUUCUGUGGAGAGGAGAGAAACAGCGGCAGUGAUGGAGGUUUCAACCACUGACGGCAAGAAAGAUGGGGGUGGUGAGCCGGAGAAGCCCGGUUCGCCGCCGCCUGUUGGGCUCAGUGAGCUGUUCCGGUUUGCGGAUGGGCUGGACUAUGUUCUAAUGGCAAUUGGUUCUGUGGGUGCGAUUGUUCAUGGCAGCUCAUUGCCUCUGUUCCUUAGAUUCUUUGCUGAUCUUGUUAAUUCUUUUGGCUCCAAUGCGAACGAUGUUGAUAAGAUGACACAGGAAGUAUUGAAGUAUGCACUUUAUUUUCUUGUUGUGGGAGCUGCGAUAUGGGCAUCUUCAUGGGCAGAAAUAUCGUGCUGGAUGUGGACUGGAGAGAGGCAGUCAACAAAGAUGAGGAUCAAGUACUUAGAGGCUGCUUUGAACCAAGAUAUUCAGUACUUUGAUACAGAGGUCCGGACAUCUGAUGUAGUUUUCGCCAUUAACACUGAUGCAGUGAUGGUCCAAGAUGCCAUUAGUGAAAAGUUGGGUAAUUUCUUGCACUACAUGGCCACAUUUGUGUCUGGGUUUGUGGUGGGUUUCACUGCAGUAUGGCAACUGGCCCUGGUCACUCUUGCUGUAGUUCCACUGAUAGCUGUAAUUGGGGGUAUCCACACGGCCAUGUUAGCGAAGUUCUCCAGCAAGAGCCAAGAAGCUCUGUCACAAGCAGGAAACAUUGUGGAACAGACGGUAGCCCAAAUUCGGACGGUGUUGGCAUUUGUAGGCGAGUCAAGAGCAUUACAGUCCUAUUCUGCAGCUCUGAGAGUUGCCCAAAAGAUUGGGUACAGAAUUGGAUUUGCCAAAGGAAUGGGACUUGGAGCUACUUAUUUUACUGUUUUUUGCUGUUAUGCCCUUCUUCUUUGGUAUGGAGGAUACCUGGUUAGGCACCAUUUCACCAAUGGAGGUCUUGCCAUUGCAACAAUGUUUGCUGUCAUGAUUGGUGGGCUGGCGUUGGGGCAGUCUGCUCCAAGUAUGGCUGCAUUUGCAAAGGCAAGAGUUGCAGCUGCCAAAAUCUUCCGCAUUAUCGAUCACAAACCAGAAGUCGACAGAAACAGUGAAUCAGGUUUGGAGUUGGAAUCCAUUACAGGACAGUUGGAGCUUAAAAAUGUGGACUUCUCCUACCCCUCAAGGCCAGAAACUCAAAUACUCAACAAUUUCUCCUUGACUGUUCCGGCUGGGAAGACAAUAGCCUUGGUUGGAAGCAGCGGCUCCGGAAAAAGCACAAUCGUAUCCCUAAUUGAGAGAUUUUAUGAUCCUACUUCAGGGCAAGUUCUGCUAGAUGGACAUGACAUAAAAAUACUGAAGUUGAGAUGGCUGAGGCAGCAAAUUGGGCUGGUAAGCCAAGAACCUGCACUGUUUGCCACCACCAUCAAAGAAAACAUACUAUUGGGUCGACCUGAUGCGACUCUUAUUGAAAUUGAAGAGGCUGCCAGAGUCGCUAAUGCGCAUUCAUUUAUUGUCAAGCUCCCAGAUGGCUAUGAUACUCAGGUUGGAGACAGGGGGUUGCAACUCUCAGGUGGACAGAAGCAGAGAAUAGCUAUAGCAAGGGCAAUGCUAAAGAACCCAGCCAUCCUACUCUUGGAUGAAGCAACUAGUGCAUUAGAUUCUGAAUCAGAAAAGCUGGUCCAAGAAGCACUAGACCGUUUCAUGAUUGGAAGGACCACUCUAGUGAUUGCCCAUCGCCUCUCGACCAUUCGGAAAGCUGACCUUGUUGCCGUCUUGCAGCAAGGUAGCGUGUCUGAGAUCGGGACACACGAUGACCUUAUUGCUAGAGGAGAAAACAGUGUCUAUGCCAAGCUCAUCAAAAUGCAAGAAGCAGCUCAUGAAGCUGCUCUCAGCAAUGCCAGAAAAAGUAGUGCAAGGCCUUCUAGUGCGAGGAACUCAGUAAGCUCACCAAUAAUUACGAGAAAUUCUUCCUACGGCAGAUCGCCUUACUCGAGAAGAUUGUCCGACUUCUCUACCUCUGACUUCAGCCUCUCCCUGGAUGCUGCAUAUCCUAAUUAUCGGAUUGAAAAGCUUCCAUUUAAGGAGCAAGCAAGCUCGUUCUUGCGCCUUGCAAAGAUGAAUUCUCCUGAAUGGGCUUAUGCUUUGGUUGGUUCCAUAGGCUCUGUCGUUUGUGGUUCUCUCAGUGCGUUCUUUGCAUAUGUGCUGAGUGCUGUUCUCAGCGUCUACUACAAUCCGGAUCAUGCUUAUAUGAUUAGGGAAAUUGCAAAAUACUGCUACCUAUUAAUCGGUGUGUCAUCAGCCGCCCUCAUAUUCAACACAUUGCAGCACUAUUUCUGGGAUACGGUGGGAGAGAACUUAACAAAACGUGUGAGGGAAAAAAUGUUUGCCGCGGUGCUAAAAAAUGAAAUGGCAUGGUUUGAUCAGGAAGAGAAUGAAAGCUCUAGAGUUUCGGCAAGGCUGGCUCUUGAUGCAAAUAAUGUCAGAUCAGCAAUUGGGGACCGGAUUUCUGUUAUAAUGCAGAAUUCUGCUCUUAUGCUUGUUGCCUGCACUGCCGGAUUCGUAUUGCAAUGGCGUCUCGCCCUCGUACUCAUUGCAGUCUUUCCUGUUGUCGUGGCAGCAACUGUCUUACAGAAAAUGUUCAUGAAUGGAUUCUCUGGUGAUCUAGAGGCUGCACAUGCUAAGGCGACGCAGCUGGCAGGGGAAUCCGUGGCUAACAUAAGAACAGUUGCUGCUUUCAACUCAGAAGCCAAAAUUGUUGGUCUUUUCACCUCCAGCCUUCAGACUCCUCUACGCCGUUGCUUCUGGAAAGGACAGAUAGCCGGGAGCGGUUAUGGGAUCGCGCAAUUCUUGCUCUAUGCUUCCUAUGCGCUCGGGCUAUGGUACGCCUCUUGGCUUGUCAAGCAUGGAAUCUCUGACUUCUCAAAGACGAUCCGUGUUUUCAUGGUCCUCAUGGUCUCUGCUAAUGGUGCUGCUGAAACACUGACCCUCGCCCCCGAUUUCAUCAAGGGUGGUCGUGCAAUGCGCUCGGUCUUCGACCUCCUUGACCGUAAGACUGAAAUUGAGCCUGAUGAUCCAGAUGCCACUGCCGUCCCAGACCGGUUACGUGGCGAAGUAGAAUUCAAGCAUGUGGACUUCUCAUACCCCACACGGCCUGACAUUUCAGUCUUCCGUGAUCUAAAUCUUCGUGCUCGAGCAGGGAAAACUCUUGCUCUAGUGGGACCUAGUGGCUGUGGUAAGAGUUCAGUCAUUGCACUUGUACAGAGAUUCUACGAACCAUCGUCUGGACGGGUUAUGAUUGAUGGAAAGGAUAUCAGAAAAUACAAUCUCAAGUCACUGAGACGCCACAUUGCCAUAGUGCCACAAGAACCGUGCCUCUUUGCCACAACAAUCUACGAAAAUAUAGCUUAUGGUAACGAGUCAGCCACAGAAGCAGAGAUAAUCGAGGCAGCAACCUUGGCAAACGCCCAUAAAUUCAUAUCCUCAUUGCAUGAUGGAUACAAAACGUUUGCCGGGGAAAGAGGAGUGCAGCUGUCCGGAGGACAGAAGCAAAGGAUAGCCAUUGCUCGAGCCUUCCUGAGGAAACCAGAUAUAAUGUUGCUUGAUGAAGCCACCAGCGCCCUUGAUGCCGAGUCAGAAAGGUGCAUACAAGAAGCACUAGACCGUGCUUGUGCUGGAAAGACAACAAUUGUGGUUGCACACAGACUAUCAACAAUCAGAAACGCCCACGUCAUUGCGGUCCUUGAUGAUGGGAAAGUGGCAGAACAAGGUUCCCAUUCCCAUCUGUUGAAAAACUAUCCUGAUGGCAUAUAUGGACGGAUGAUACAAUUACAACGGUUCACGCAUGGCCAAGCUGUGAAUAUGGUGGCAUCAAGUUCGAAUUCCUCUGCACGGACUGGUGAAAAUCAGGGUCGAGACGGUCAAUGAGGCUAAGGAAAAACACAACUAGAAUGACGUACAUCUCAAACACCUAGCUCCCAAGUGAUUUUUUGGCUCCCUUGUAUUGUCUAUAUCUUGAUAUAGUAUAGCAUCUGGAUUAUCUAAUUACAGCCUCAAAUCUAUUUAUAACUCGACUUUUUGACUAA